GCCGCGGCGCUGAGAGCGGCGGAACCUCCGCUGCCUGCCGAUCACAGCCAGACGCCCAAUAGGGGCGGGUGUCGGCAGCGUGCUGUGCGUCGUGGCGUCACUGCGUGACGUCGGCGGUGCCCAUGGCAGAGGGUAGAGGACAGGGCGGAGGGGGAUCAUGGCCUCGUCGGUGGUGAGGGCCACGGUGCGCGCCGUCAGCAAGCGGAAGAUCCAGGCUACGCGCGCCGCCCUCACCCUGACUCCAUCAGCUGUUCAGAAGAUAAAACAGCUUCUAAAAGAUAAACCUGAGCAUGUAGGUGUGAAAGUAGGUGUUCGCACAAGAGGAUGCAAUGGACUUUCUUACACCUUAGAAUAUACAAAAUCGAAGGGAGACUCUGAUGAAGAAGUAGUUCAAGAUGGGGUUAGAGUGUUUAUUGAAAAGAAGGCACAGCUGACACUUCUAGGAACUGAAAUGGACUAUGUAGAAGACAAACUGUCCAGUGAAUUUGUCUUCAAUAAUCCAAACAUCAAAGGAACCUGUGGCUGUGGAGAAAGUUUUAACAUCUGAUGUCUCAGGACUACUACUUUGACUUUGAACACCCCUGAACAUUUAUUGUUACAGAUUUUGGAAGCAAAUUCAUUUUCUUCAGAUUCAUAGGGUUUGUAAAGUGUAGAUACCAUUAAGAAAAAUAAUUGAUUCUGAAAAUGUAAAUUGAUUUGUUAUAUUCCACCACUGAUGUAGUUAUGCUAUAAUUUAUGCUCAGUUUGAAUCCAAAAGGUAAGAACAGUGAGUGCUGUGGUAACAUCUCUGUACUUGCACAUGCCAAGGAAAUAAAACCUCACUGUUUUGUUCCUUUGUCUAUUCAUACUUCCUCAUUCAAAAGCCAUUUGCAAGCAUAUGUUGCCUGUGUUUUCCGCUUUGAUGUGGGCCAGGAGAGGGCAGAGGAGGCAAAACCAGAAAACAACUAAACCAUUUCGCUAUGUUUGUCAUUAAGGGUUUAUGUACACAGUCACAGAGUCUUCAGCUUCAGAGUCCUCUUUUCUGGGGAUCUAUUUUCUCAUAAACACAGAGAAAUUAAAAAACAAGCUCACAUGUUAGCAUAGAGGUAGGUUACCAUAGCACUGCUUGAAGAAAUACUUGAAAAUGGCCUAACCCAGUUUUACUUUCCCUUGUUGAAGACACAGACUCUGUUGUACUUCAUUUUCAAGGAGAUGAAAUACGUUUAAGCACUAGGCUAUUAAAGCAAGAUACACUCAGGCUCCGUUUUACACAUUUCUUGACUUAAAUUGUAAAGUUGGUUAAGCAGCCCGUGUUCGUGGAUUGUUCUGUCUGUGCACCAAAAGCUAUUGAACACCUUUUUGAGACAGAAAUGCCCUGUUCUCAGUGCUUUUUGUUUGGUAGUUCUACUAAUCUCAUUGCAGCUUGAAUUCUGUUUUGUAACACUGUAGGCACUAGGCAUUUUCACUAAAGCUUAUGGCAAAACUCCUGUCUUGAAGGUAAUUUGGUAACCUGACAGAAUUUGUAAUCUUAAAACUUCUAGUAUUUAGUAAUUGGUAAAUGAAUUAUUAUAUUUAUAGGAUGCCCUUUUUUCUUUGGAAUUUAAACUUGCUUUCUCCUAAUCAAAAUUCUGGUUUGGAAACCACUGAUUUGUUUUUUUCAAGAUUAUAUGAAGUCUUUCACUCUUCUUCACUGCUGUUCAGGCACAAUUGUGAAUGUCUCAGUAGGCCUUUUCAAAGGCCUCUAGUAUGAGGGAAGUACCGUAGCUUCCUUUUAUCUCCAUGUUUCUCCAGUUGUUCAGAGAUUAAGUUGUGCAGCUAAGCUGCGCACUUGUGCAGAAGAGAACUUGUUUGCCUGGGCAACAACAGGGACUGGGGUCUUGCAGUAAAGGAUGGGCAAGUGUUAAAUGGGAGUAAGGCUGCAUGUUGAGAGAUCCAGAGGUCAUGUUGGUUUGUACAGUUGUACACAUGUGGCUGUCAUCAACUUUGUAACAGUAAUGUGCUGAAGAUGUAGAAUUGCAGCUACACCUCUUUCCUCUGCACCUUUUCUGAGAUGUAGAGGAAAGAAUAAAAAUUAAAAUACUGAUCUGUUUUAUGUAGUGCAGAGGAAGAUGUUAGAGUUUUCACACUUGCAGUUAAUACUUGAAUUUGGUUGUAUACUUUUAUCACCUCUUGAUUGAAAAAUACCAUUUCCUUCACCGGUCAGUUGUACACACUUACUUCAUACAGUAAUUAAGGAGUUAAUGGUUAUACACCAUCUGUGUAGCAUUUAUAGUGCCAUAACUCUUACAGUCUUGCCAAAUGGAAAAAAACCCAACCAAACAAAGCAAGCAGUUAAUGUGAUGUAACUGGAUUAGGAUUUUUUAAAAGUCCAGGUUAAGGGACACUUCUUUAGAUUGCAUUUUCCUGAUUGCUAGAGGGCAAGAUUUCAAAUGUGGUAGCACUGGUGGUUGCUAAGGGCGCUAGUACUUAUUUCACUUGUUUUGGUGUAUUUUGGAGUGAAGGGGAUUGAUUUGUGAUUUUCUUGUUUGUUUGUUUGUUUUCAGACCUGUGGCAUGGAUAGCAAUCCUUUUCAUGUCUUUCAUGCAUAUGCCUUGAAUGAAAGUUCACACUUUUAUGCUCUCAUGAAAUAAUCCUCUAAAUUGACACUUUACUAAGACACUUCACGCACAAUGUGUUAAACUUCUGUCAAAGUGCUACUUACAGUUGCAUAGAAAUAUCGGUUUGUUGAUUGAUCCAUUAUAAUUUUGUGCAAUACUGUAUGUCAAGUUCUCAGUUACAACAAUAAAUACUGCCUGUUGGUAGACAUUAAAUACU